AUGGCAUUGCUGGAAUGGUUUCUAGUGCUUGGAAUCUCGGCAGCUACAAUCGUGGUUCAUGGCCAGCCAGGAAUGAAUGCUAGUGUCUAUCCAGAGCUUAUUGUUACCCAGCUUCCUUUGAUGCAGAAAGCACGAGAUACAAUGACACCUACCAAAUCCAUCGUAGAUGGACAAACCUUAAUCUCGUCGGCUGGGACCUUCGAACGCACUCCGGAUAAAACAGUUGUGUGGGUUGCCAAUAGGAUGUCUCCCCUCAACGGAUCCACGGAGGUUCUCAGUCUCACACAUGAUGGAAAGCUGGUCCUCCUAAAUAGCGCCGGCUAUAUUUUGUGGUCGACAAAAACACCAAAUGCAAUUAAUCCCAUCGUACAGCUCCUAGACUCGGGAAAUCUUGUCCUGAUUGAAGGAACUUCGAAGAAUUUAUUGUGGCAGAGCUUUGAUCAUCCAACUGACGCUCUUCUACCAGGUAUGAAGCUUGAACGGGAUUUAACAACCAACGCUGACAGGCAUUUCACGUCAUGGAAGAUUUCCUCCGACCCUUCUCCAGGGGACUACUACUGCAAAAUACACAUCAGUGCAGGACCAGAGGUUUUCGUAUGGAGAGGAUCUGUCCAAAAGGUAAAUCGCAUUGGACCUUGGAAUGCGGGUGGAUUUACCGGCGUUCCAGAUAUGAAAACACAUAACAUGUUCAGGUUUAAUCUAACUUCCAAUGAGUAUGAUGCCACCUUCACCUUCAAAGUACUCGACAAUUCCAUUCAAUCUCGUAUCUCGUUGAACGAGACUGGAUUGGUUCAGCGUUUCGUGCGGUCUAAACCAAACCUUGCAUGGGACCUUUACUGGUGGUUUCCGAAAGACCACUGCAACGAGUAUGCUAUCUGUGGAGCUAAUGGCGUAUGCAGUACAAACUACUCAUCGGCCUGCGAUUGUUUGAGGGGAUUCAGUCCUAGGUCUCCUCAACAUUGGAGAUUGAGAGACAAUUCUGAUGGCUGUGCAAGGAGAACGGCUUUAAAUUGUUCAUCGGAUGAGGUCAACUGCAUUGUCAAGAACUACUGCCCUAUUAGUCUAAUGAAUGGGAUAGUGAAAAUUAUGUCCAAGGUUCUAUCAUCCAGACUCGCAAAGAAGCUUGAGAACAUGAUCUCACCCACUCAAUCAGCUUUUAUCAAAGGAACAACACUUGCCGACAAUUUUGCCGUUGCGAAGGAAAUUAUAUUGCAAGCAAUCAGAUCAAAGCAAAAAGGGAUUAUCUACAAACUGGAUUUCGAGAAAGUGUUUGAUAAUGUGGAAUGGACCUUCCUCAUGGACCUCUUGCGCCAGGAGAAUGUUUAUCUCAUGCAGGUGGAAAUGCAGCCAGUAUAUUUCUCAUCAAUGGGGAAAUCUGAAAAACACAGAGCCAGCAGAGCAAUCAUAAACAUAGGUUGGAUAAGCGCCUUUGCUAUCAAUGAAGGGAGAGGAUGUGUAACAUGGACCAGAGAUCUUGUAGAUAUUAGACUGUUCAAUGGAGGAGGGGAGAAUCUAUAUGUUCGGCUUGCAUCUUCUGAAUUAGGUCAGAUAAGGGGUAAUUACCGUAAAAAGAAGCUUGUCAUAGUCAUCAUCAUUUCUUCACUGGCAGGGUUUCUUCUACUUGUGUGCUGUAUUCGACUUCUGUGGAAGAAGAACAAAAAAAGAAAGCAAGGUGAAACACUUAGUACCCACUACAGGGAAAGCAAAGGGGACGAGCUAGAGCUACCUUUAUUUGAUAUACAUACAAUAAGAACUGCCACCAAUAACUUUUCUGAAGAUGAAAACUAUAUGACAUUAGGACUGAAAAAAGAGAGAGGUUUGAACGGGGAGCUGAUGAGAUGGACGGAAGUGUCGGUGGAGAGGAGAACGUCUGAGAUGGAGACGACGAACAUGAAGAAUAUGAAGAUGAGGGAGAAGAGGACGCCGUGGCACUUCUUGUUGAGGACGCCGUGGCCCCGGUCCUUCAUUGGGAUGGAGCCGCGAGAUGAGGUGCAUCAGGACCGCAGAGGCCCAGAACCUCCCACUCGGGUAGUUAUCCACCGUCCGUUCCUGAUAGCCGACGCCUCGGAGACAUGCCCCCCGUCGGCCUUCAUCAGCGACUCGAGGGUCUCCGGGUUGGAGGAAAACAAGGGAGGCGAGAUCUCAUCCCUUCCCAACUCCGUCGUCGGGUUCUCCUCGUCGGUCCGGUCGUCGUCCCGGACGAUGAUGGCAUGCCGCCUCUACCUCUUCUCGUCGGUCUGGGUGGCCGCGUCAGCGGCCUUGAGGGCGGUGAGCUCAGACUUGUAG